ACACGCGCGCUUUAAGAAGUUUGCAUCAAAACAUUAAACAUCUAUGGAUUCAUGGGCAAGAGCAGCAGAGAAGCAGGCUCAUGUAGUUUGCAUACCAAUCCCAGCUCAAAGCCACAUUAAGGCCAUGCUGAAAACGGCAAAGAUGCUUCACAGCAAAGGCAUUUUCAUUACAUUUGUCAAUACAGAGUUUAACCACAAACGCUUCCUUAAAUCAGGAGGCCUUAAAGUUCUUGGAGACCUCCCUGGUUUCGAAUUCGAAACCAUCUCGGAUGGCCUCCCUCCAUCUGACCCUAAUGUGACGCAAGACGUAUCAGCAAUUGCUCGAUCCAUUGCAGGUCUUAUGGCACAACCAUUUCAGAACCUCAUUUUGAAGCUCAAUGCUGGAAUCCAUCCAGUCACUUCGAUCCUGUCUGACGGUUUCUUGCCAUUCACAUCUGAUGUUGCACAUUCUUUCGGCAUUCCCAUCGUUUUGCUUUGGACAAUUGCGGCCUGUGCAUUUAUGGCUUAUUAUCAGUUCAAGUAUGUCCUUGAAAGAGGUCUUGUACCGCUUAAAGAUGAGAGCUAUCUAACAAAUGGAUAUUUGGAUACCAAUAUAGACUGGAUCCCCGGCAUGCCAGAUAUCCGUCUGAGGGAUAUUCCCAGCGACGUAAGAAUAAUGGAUCCAGAUGAUUUCAUGUUCAACCUUUAUAUCAAAUGCUUUGAGAAAGCAGCUACUUGCACAGCACUUGUAAUUCAUACCUUUGAUGACUUGGAACAAGAAGUGUUGAACGCUGUCUCAUCUAUGUUUAUCAAUGUGUACACAAUAGGCCCUCAACAGAUGCUUUUCGAUCAGAUUAAUUCAGAUCAGGAAAAGCCACUCGGGAGCAUUGGUAGUCUCUGGGAAGAGGAGAAAACAUGUCUCGAGUGGCUGGACUCGAAAGAAGCUGAUUCUGUUGUUUAUGUGAACUUUGGAAGCAUAACAGUCCUGUCUGCAGAGCAGCUUGUGGAGUUUGGUUGGGGGCUUGCUAAUAGCAACUACUCCUUUGUAUGGAUAAUUAGGCCAGAUUUGAUCGUGGGAGAAUCUGCGAAUACGUUGGGAGUUGAAUUUAUGGAUGCCAUCAAGGACAGGGGAUUCAUAUCAAGCUGGUGCCCACAGGAGGAUGUUCUCAACCACGUAGCGGUGGGAGGGUUCUUGACACAUGGAGGGUGGAACUCAAUCAUGGAGAGCCUUUCCGCUGGAGUGCCUAUGCUUUAUUGGCCAUUCUUCGCAGAUCAACCUAUAAACUGUAAGUUCUUGCGUGACAAAUGGGAGUGUGGAUUGGAGAUUCCUAAUAAUGUGAAGAGAGAUGAUGUGGAGAAGCUUGUUAGACUGUUGAUGGAUGGAGCAGAAGGUAAGAAAAUGAGAAACAAGGCUAUAGAGUGGAAGAAACUGGCAGAGAAAGCCUGUGGACCUGGUGGAUCAUCUUCUCUCAAUUUCGACAAGCUAGUUCUUCUCUUGAAGAACUAGAAAUCCCACAAUAUUAGAAUCCAUUCUUUCUCAAUUGUGUAUGAUCAGUUUGCAUCGUCUUUAAGUUCGGUUUGCUACUUUGCUCCAACUUCAAAGCAUGCAUGAUACACUAGAUUUUGCUAUUUUGGAUACCUUGCAUGCUUAAUUUGAAUAUUAAUGUAUGUUUAAUUUAUUGUUAAGUUUACUAUGCUUAAUAUAUUA